AUGUUACGCUUCAGUAAUUCUACGUCUAACCAAUGGAACCACAACCAGUUAUUCCUCGCCGGCCUCUCACUGCUCUACCUGUCCUUUGUCUUCAGGUCGGUGGGCGGGGCAUCGCUGCCAGGACACCUGAGCAAUCCGUCCACCAGGUGGCGCCGGUCUGCGUCUCCAACUCGCCGCCUGCGGUUCGAGGAUGAGACAGAGACGGAGGCAGAGUCUCGUUACCUGGAGCGGCAGCAGGGGACAGGUGUCCAGGUGUCCAAACCGGACCUGAACCAGCUCAACGUCAGAGGAAGACCGGCGAUGAUGGUGGCGAUGUCUGGAGCCCAGCUGGACUGCCACCUCACUCUGCGUCCACCUGUAGCCCAGGUGAGGGGGCGGGGCCUGAACAGACCCCUCCUCCAGGUGCGGACGGAGGUCCUCAAAGACUCUUAUAUCGGCUGCAUCUCACCUGCUGACUCAGCUGAAGACAAAGCCCCGCCCACCUCAGGUAGCCCAGAUGGACACCGCAGACAUCCAAUCAGAGAAGAGCUGCACAGUGUUGUUUCACAUCCUGGGCGAUUCAGUAGAGCUGGACCCUCUCGUCUCUCUCUGCAUCGCCUUUUCUCCUCGGUCAAACUGAGCAAGACUCAAACCGCCAGCCUUGACCGACUGGUUCCCCCGGUUCCUGACCGUCUUCCCAGUGACGGCAGGAACUGCAGCCUGUGGAAGAAAUCUCCUUCUGCUCAGUCUCUCAGUGGGGCGCUGGGACUGCAAAUGAAGAAGUCGUCAUCAGUGCAGAGUUUUGGUUCUGAGGAGAGCAAGAACUGCAGCGUAGAUUACAGACCAGCUGAUGUAAGUCAGCUGACCACCGUCCCACCCAAUCACAGCUCAGUUUCCUCCCUGUCUGUCCAUCCAUGUCUGAGGUCAGAGGUCAUCGGUCGGUCCCGCUCAGGGUUCUGAUGGAAAUGAGUGGACCAUCAGAUCAGAGCCGACUGAUGAUGAGCCACAGGGCAGAGCGAGCUUCCAAACUGGAAACCACUGAAACCAGUUUAGUUUGCAGCGCUGAAUGUAACUAAUGGAAUUAAUGGCACCUGAUUUUUUUUUUUACAGUCUAAUCCCUCUUUAGAAACAUUUUGUCACCCCCUGGUGUUCACUGGUGGAAUAACACAAAACGAAGUGGACUGGAGUUGGACCAACAACUGCUGUUACUGGGUUGAUUCAAUGGAUAUUAAACUGGAUUAAAUAAAACUUUUUGUACUUUUGA